AUGACGGACCGCUUCUACCCGGUUGGCCUCGAGGCCGAAGCUGACAACUGGAAGACGACCUAUGAGGUGAUGAACGAGAUGCGGUCGUUUGCUCGCAGCCCCUACCCACCAGGCACAGCCAUCCACCAGCCUGGAGCUCGGGACCAUUUCGGCUAUAGCGCGCCGGGCCCGAUCGCGAGCAGGCUGACGAACUCCGAGCUGGCCCUCACGGAAGACACAGACAUCCCCAACCCGCGCGAGCACAUGGCCAUCACGCGCAUCCAGGAGCCGGAUGACCGUAGAGUCUUCGAGAAGCAUGAUGUGGACGAGAUGUUGAGGACCUACAACUCGCCAGUGGCCAAAGCCACCCUGUCGCCGAGCAAGCCGCAGUCGCUGGCAAAGACCUUCUCGCUGCCCACCAUCUCUCGGCGGAGCGAAGCGCCGCCAAAGCUCUCCGAG